AUGUCUAGAGUACAAAGAAAAGGCAACAGCCACCGGCUCAGCAGUCUGCACAUGUGGAAACUGAGACUCCAGGAGGACCAGCAACAGCAAGAAAAAGCUGUCAUAGCUCAGCCAAUAUUUGUUUUUGAAAAGAGAGAACAAGCUUUUAAGAGACCUACAGAAGACACCCUGUAUGAAGAAGCAGAACAUGAAUGUAAUGGUUUUUCAAGAAAGCGUGUACGGACUUCAUCUUUUACUAUCCCUACAACAGAUUCUCAGUCCCAAGGAGCAUCGACCUUGUCCCAGAAGCAAUGAAAUCCUUCACUAACACCUACCUUCCCCCAGUCUGGGGCAGUGAAGAAAAACAGUGUUUUUAUGUCAUCAACUCUUGUACAAAGGAAUGUUGAUAUAAACAAUACAGAACAAGGUCCUGUGAAACAUUCUGAACAUGUUCUAAGACCUGCUAUUUUGCAGCCACCUCAAGUUCAAAGGUGUGAAAAAGUAAGAAAAACGUUUGGGCACAAUGCACUGGAAUCCUGAAAGACUAAAGAAAAAGCAAACGAUAAGGGAAGAAAACUCCCUAUUUCUGAGAACUCCUAUUUGCCAUCUGAAAAUUUACCAAGUGCCAGAAUCUCAGUUCAGCUGUCUACUAACCAGCAUUCUUUAUGUAUUACAUCAGUAGGAUGUCAACUAAAUGAAGAUAAGUGCUCUUUGAAAAGCUGCAGUUCUGAUUUUGUUUUUGGAGAAAAUAUGGUAGAAAGAGUUUUGAUCAAUUGCAAGCUUUUUAUAUUCAACAACACAACACAAUCCUGGAUUGAAAAGGGCAGAGGAACACUGAGACUGAACGACACAGCACGCAGCGACUGUGGAACAUUACAGUCGAGACUAAUUAUGCGCAAUCAAGGCAGCCUGAGGCUGAUUCUGAAUAGCAAACUCUGGGCUCAAAUGGAGAUACAAAGAGCAAACCAUAAAAAUUUACAAAUAAUGGCUACUGAUUUAGAAGACUACAGCAUCAAAAUAUUUUUAGUUCAGGCCAGUGCCAAAGACACAGGAUAUCUGUAUGCAGCAAUACAUCAUCGUCUUGUUGCACUUCGAAGCUUCCUUAAGCAGAAAGAUGUAAAUCAAGCUGAAAACCAUUCAGAAACAGUCCUGCAACAAUUAAGCUGUGAUAGCUGUGAUGAAGAUGAUGAUGAUUUCAUCCAUGUCUCUAAAAAUGGAUCAAACCCUUCUAGAUGAACCCACAAACAAUUGGUUGCCUAUUCAUCAGCACUACCUACUAUAAACAUGACAAUAUUUACAAAAAGACUGGUCACCUCAUUCAGUUCCGUAUCGUGCUUAACUAUUCCAACAGCCUCCAACAGUCCCCCAACUCCCGCCUACCAAUCCACCCAACAUUUCAAAGCCAGAUCUAGUCACCAAACACUGCUUCCACUGCAAAAAGUCUUCAAAGGGCACACUACUGUCUACAGGAUAAAAGUACAAUUUACUGACAUUGUAACUCUCCACCCUCGUCGUCCCACCUACCUUUUCAACCCUUUCUCCCCAUCUAGAAAUGCUACCUGGCCGCAAUCCUCCACACAUUAUCGUCUUCAACCCUUAAAGGCUAUACUUUUUCCCUCGGGGCUGAAGAUUCUCCGGUGGUCGGAAGGGCCGGCCUCCGGGGUUGCAGUCGCUCUAAGAAGGGUUCAAGGCUUGGUUUAA